CAUUGUCUUCAUGCCCCUUCAUCCAAUCGAAUGCACCAACGUCUACACCCAACAAUUUGAGUUCUUUAAUCAAACCUUCGGCCGGAAAAUUAUUGCCCUUCUGCCGCAAUGCUGGGUUCCGGCGGCAUUUCGUCCUGGCUUCUAGGGUUUCUUCAAGACCACUUUCAGAAACCCGAGGAUCUUGCCUCCAUCAAUUCUCUUACGGAUCGGCUGAAGCAAGAGUUCGGUGAUCACGAAAUUGAACUCCUCCACCUACAGAGAAGACUAUCCCUUGCCGUAUCUUCAUGGAUCUCCAAAUCCAACGACGUUGGGAGGAUCCUUAGCGGGAUAGAAUCCAAUCAUCGUUGCACAUUCCGAGAUGGAACUGCGAGACCGCAUGAGAAAAUCUUACUUGUGGAGUUACCCUUGAUUGCUAAGGAGGUUGGUCGCAUCCAGUCAAUCAGGUUCUAUGCAGAGACUGCGCUACAUCUGGAAAUCUUAGUCGGUGACCUUGAAGAUGCAACCUUGGCAAUGUUGAAACAAGUUUCAAGGAAGAAGCUUGAAAAUGUGCUUUCCAAAGUAUCAAUUCAAACUCAGGAGAUUGGAUGGCGGCUGGUAAAACUGCUUGUGGCAGUAAAGGCUGUGAAAGAUAUUGAAGAAAUUCUAGCUGGUGUUGCAAAAAGCAGGCCUUGGUGGACAAAUUUGCUUGAAGCCGUUGAUUCCAGAGUGGAGAAAGCUCUGGCCAUUUUGAGACCACAAUGUCUCAUUGAUUACAGAAUUUUAAUUACAUCCCUUGGAUGGCCGCCAUCCCUUUCAACCACUAAAUUGCAAAAAGAUAAUUGCAUGGUAAUGCAACAAUCGUUUUUUCUAAUGCAAGGGGAAGAGAAAUCCAGGUUUUCUCAGAGCUUCUCGGCAUUAUGUUCCCUGCAGCAGCUACAGGCCAUGCGAGAUGAGCGCGCGAGUCUUCUGCAGAGAAAUCAAUCGGCAUUUAAUUCAUCAGAUUCCAAGGAUAUGGGUGAAGUUUUUUCAUUCUUUAAACAUGGCCUAUGGCCAAUCGAUGAACUUGUGAACCUCGUUGCCUUACGGAUGGAAUAUCAUUUCAACAGAUGGUUUGACCAGCCGCAUUUCAUCUUUGCCCUUGUUCACAAAACUACCCAAAAUUUUUUGGAUGGAGUGGAAAAUAAUUUGCAGCCUUUGAUUGAUCAUGCUAGACUGCUGGGUUGUAGUGCCAAGGAAGCUUGGGCGAUAGCAAUGGUGAGAAAUCUUUUGGGGUAUUUUGAAAGACAGUUGUUUCCUGUCCUUGUUAAAGAUCUCUACAACAAGGAUGCUGACUCAGAGGUAAGUUCUUCAUUGCUUCAUGUGGUUGACCUUAUGAUCACUUUUGAUAAGCGGAUGAAGAUUCUUUCAACUUUAGGAACUCAUGUUACUGAAGCAUUUGCUUCUAUUGAGGGCUUGUCAAUAAUGUCAAUAUUCAACGAGCGUUCUGAUUGGCUUCAGAUUUGGGCUGAAAUGGAAGUGAAUGAUGCUGAAGGCAAGCUAAAACCUAUGCUGGAAGAAGAAAGAAGCUGGUUGGAAGGUUUUAGAAAUCAGGGACAUAGCUAUGAGAAAGAGGAGACAUUCCUUCUUUUAUCAAGAGAAGACUAUAAAGCUCCAUUAAUGGCAGAUUCUGUUUUGCGUUUAGGUUGGGAAAUGAUUGAGAGAGGAUUGGCCUUACCAUGCGCUCAAAGAAGGAAACAAUUCAUCAGCUCUUCUGCAAAUCUAUUCCUGAGUAACUUCUUCAACCUCCUGUUUGAACGUAGCAGAAAUUUUGAAUUUAUGGAUGUCUCAGAGGAUUCUCAAUUGUUGAGAGUUUGCAGCGCUAUAAACACUGCAUGUUACUGUGAACAUGUUCUGCAUUAUUGGAGUGAGGAUGUGAAUCUGAAUGAAAUGUUUGAGGAUGAAAUAAUGUUUCUGGUGAAGCUUCAAACUGAUUGUCUUGAGGUGAUUGCAACUUCUCUCCUCCUCCAUUUUGAUGAUUUAUGCUGGAAUUAUGUUCAAGAUAGGAAGCAGUGGGAAAUAAAGCAAGUUGACUCAGAUCCGGAUGAAGAUCAUCUGUGCAUAUCAUCUGGCUUUAUCGAAGCCCUGGACAUGUUGCAAGCGCGAAUCUGGUUCCUGAAUCUUAAUCUUAAUUCCCAUAAGUUUUUGGAUUUAUGGAGAAGUAUUGCAGGAGGGCUUGAUCAUUUUAUUUUCACCAGCGUUCCAAUGAGCAACGCAAGGUUCUCUUCUUUGGGGGUCUAUCGGUUCAGGAAUGAUAUGAAGGCCCUUUUCCUUAUCUUUAAACUGUUCUGUGCAAGGCCUGAAGCAUUUUUUCCAUGCACAAGUAAUUGUUUGAAGCUGUUGGAAAUGAACAAGAAAGAUGCUGAGCAGAUGCUUGAAGUUUUGUCGCAGCGGGAUAUGAAACCAGGAGAGUGCUUGCGACUCCAAGGAUUAUUUCAUGUGUCUCCAGCUCAAUCUGAAACGAUAUUGAGAAACCGAAUUUUUGGGGGCUAAACAUUUGACCCUGGGUUGCACAAUGUCGAUGAUGAAAUGGCUAUAUCGAUGCAGGCUCUAGAGCAACCAUGGCGCAAAUGCUGUAUAACAACAUCACGGCCGCCGAGCUUGCGGCAGCAAAGCAGCUUCUGGCUUUAAGAGGCGGCGAUUGGGGAGACGAGUUGAUAUCAAGACCAACGAGGUCGCCGGAAAUCAUGGAUGUGAUCGGUAAGCGGCGGCGGAUACUGAGAAGGUAUCGAAGAAUCAGUGAUUUAUAUUCGGCUUUGCCGGCGGUGAUUGAUGGCAGCCAGAAAAGUGAUUUCCAGUGGGGUGGAGAAUGG